CAUAAAAUGGCCGCCGAGAGCAGAAGGUGGCGCUCUAGCGUGGCGUCUCUAUGGCUGAGCAUGCUGGUGGAGUUGAAUCUAGCCGAGUUGGGGGCUGAAGAGUGAGCGGGUCCGAAACAGUAAAAAAAGAGGAAGGGAUCGACAGCUACAGAGCGACGAACGUGACACACCCGGUGGUGGCCGCUAUCUCUGCCCAAACAGCAGUACCAGAGGCCUGGGAUUGCCCUCCUCCUGCAUCGGGGGCGGGGGCUGCUGUUCUGCUAAUCCGUCAUCUCACUUUCAGUCUCCCCCGAUUCUUCUUCUCCACCAGGAUUCUCUCGCCCUGUUGCUCCUUUCUCCGCUUCAGUCCUCACAACCCCUCCUCCCCUCUCAUUUUUACCUCCGCGGAUCCAACCGCCCCUCCAGUCCAGUCGGUUGCUUCUCCCUACCUUCUAAACUUCCCUCCACUCUGACGCUCCCUUUACCUUAAGGUCGUCGUAUCUCUCCUCCCCUCCCUCCCUCCCUCCCUCCCUCUGUGAGUCUCUUGCACAUCUUUCUGCACCUCUUUUAACCUAGUCCUUCCACCUCCCCACCCCAGCCACCCACCCACGCACGCCUUGUCUUCUCUGGGUGGGAGAGGGUUUAACCUUGCACCCAGACAUCCCUUCAUCGUUUCCCUCUCUUUCCCACCUCCCAUCUGCCUUCGGAAUCCCGUGUCUGACUUUUAUCCUUAUUCUGAAACCUCCCAUCUUGCUCAGCCCCUUAAACUUCACCCCUCUGUCUCCUUCAUUCCUUAGGAACACACUCCCCUCCCAUUUUCCAUUCCCCUUGGAUCCUUCCCCCACUCCUGUUUUUAUCUGAGGUAUUCCUUAAGCAGUGGUGUUCCCCUGCUUCUGCAGUUAUCCCAGGGAGACUCUGCCGUGCCUACUUCCAAUGCAACUUUCUGUGGUGCUGGUCGCAUAUCCCCAGGAGCGCUCAAGUCCCCUCUGGCCUUUUGUCUUGAGAAAUCCUGUCUCCUGAGUCUGUCUCCCUGCUUUUUGUUCUUGUAUGUAAACAAGUUUCAUUGCUUGUGCUUCUUGCUCCCCUUCCUCUCCAUUGCAGUGUGAUUUAGGAAGAAAACCCUCUCAUUUCUUUAUUUUCUGCUUUUGAGUUUCAAGUCUGGCAUUAAACUUUGUGGCUGCUAAUUUCUAGGGGCUUGACCUCUUUAGGCAAAUGGUAUCUUCUCUUCCAUAUAUAGUAUUUUAAGGGGACACGUAAAGACCACUAACACAGAGCUAACUUUUAGUGCUUCUUUUAAUUCCUGCUUUUGAAAGGUCUCUUCUGGUUGUUGCCCUAAUAAUUGGGUUGGGGGAAAUCUACCUGGUAAACUCCUUUCUUCCCCACCAGGUCUGAUCUGGUAGUAAUAGUAUUUGGAGAGGCUGAAGAGGAGGAUGCCAAGGAAAUUGCUGUUACCUUAUAAAUCUGUGUUUUCUCACUCUCGAGUUCCAAGGGGUUUGCAUGAUUCCUUGGCAAUGAAUGCAGCCAGAAGUGGCUACCGGGUCUUCUCGGCAAACUCCACAGCAGCCUGCACGGAGCUGGCAAAGAAAAUCACUGAGCGUCUUGGUGCUGAGCUUGGAAAAUCUGUGGUGUAUCAAGAAACCAAUGGAGAAACAAGGGUUGAAAUAAAAGAAUCUGUUCGAGGCCAGGAUGUGUUCAUUAUUCAGACAAUUCCCAGAGAUGUGAACACUGCAGUAAUGGAACUGUUGAUCAUGGCUUACGCACUGAAGACAUCCUGUGCCAAAAAUAUCAUUGGGGUGAUUCCCUACUUCCCAUACAGCAAACAAAGCAAAAUGAGGAAGAGAGGCUCAAUAGUCUGCAAACUCCUUGCUUCCAUGUUGGCCAGAGCAGGCUUAACACAUAUCAUCACUAUGGAUCUUCAUCAAAAAGAAAUCCAGGGAUUUUUCAGCUUUCCUGUUGAUAACCUGAGGGCUUCACCUUUCUUGCUUCAGUAUAUUCAAGAAGAGAUUCCUGAUUACAGAAAUGCAGUGAUUGUAGCAAAGAGUCCUGAUGCUGCUAAGAGGGCCCAGUCUUAUGCUGAGCGAUUGCGGCUAGGGCUAGCGGUCAUCCACGGAGAGGCUCAGUGCACAGAGCAAGACAUGGAUGAUGGACGACACUCUCCUCCAACAGUAAAAAAUACUACUCUGCACACUGGUCUGGAGCUGCCGUUGAUGAUGGCUAAAGAGAAACCACCAAUAACAGUCGUCGGAGAUGUUGGAGGUAGAAUUGCCAUCAUUGUGGAUGACAUCAUUGAUGAUGUGGAAACAUUUGUUGCAGCUGCAGAAAUCCUGAAAGAGCGUGGUGCUUAUAAGAUCUUUGUCAUGGCCACUCAUGGGCUCUUAUCUGCUGAUGCUCCACGUUUAAUUGAAGAAUCAUCAAUUGAUGAGGUGGUGGUCACCAAUACGGUUCCUCAUGAAGUGCAGAAACUUCAGUGUCCCAAGAUAAAGACUGUGGAUAUCAGUUUGAUCCUCUCUGAAGCCAUCCGCCGAAUCCACAAUGGGGAAUCCAUGGCUUACCUCUUCCGCAACAUUACCAUGGAUGAUUAGAUUAUCUUUGUCAUUCCCACAUCUUUCCUGAAAUAGAAUGGAGAAAGGAAAUGUGCAUGAAGCAGCAGUGCCAUAAAGUUGAUACUGUGGGGGGGGUAUAAUGGGUCUGGGUGUCAAGUGACUGAUAUCAUGAGACCCAAGUAUUUGAGUUUCACUGGUCCUCUGUCUGGAGGCAGCUAGAUCAGGGGGCAUAUAAGCAUUGCAGGCUGUUUUGAAAUUGUUUGAUACUAGCGAUGGCCUUUUGUUCUUGUUCAACAAAUCUUGUAUAUCAAAAGAGGGCAAUUGCUUACAGAGAGUUAACUUCAUAAAUUCACUAGCCAUGCAUGUCUUCAAGCUGUUUGGAAGGGGGUGUGAGUCUUCUUGCUGUCCUGGAAUGUGCAAUGCCCUCGUGCUGUCUUGGGAGCCAUUCACGGAUGCAGCCGUUCACGGAGCUUCCUUUUGUGAAGUCAUCUACAUAUCGAUAAAUUUUAUUAUAGUCUAGGUAAUUUGAUCAGCAAUAACAUAGGAUGAUGCUAAAGGGUUCCAAAGUUGUGGUAUAAAUUAGAAUGUGCUACCUCUCCUCCUUUACAGAGCCCUAGGUUCUAAUUCUGCCUAGCUGGCUUGUAAGAGGGGUAUAGAACUUUUAUGACUCCUGCUACAAUUUGUAAGUUAGAUGUAAGAUUAAAUACAGUCUGAUGGGAUUUGCCUUAGGUGGUAUUCUGUGUUCACUCAUGGCCAAAGAUGGAAACACACUGGCCAGAAUCUAAUACCAACAUCUUAGUCAGGAGUGAGGAAACUGUAGCCCUGCAGAUAUUAUCCUAUAAUUCCCAUCAGCCUCAGUGAGCAUGGCCAGUGGUCAAGGAUGAUGGGAGUUGUAGUUCAGCAACAUCUGGAAGGCCACAGGUUCCCCAGUCCUGAUUUAAAUAAUGGGUCAUUUGCAAGAAUGAAUAGCAUACAUACUUGUCAAAUUGCCAACCUCUCUAAGGUCUGCUAACAAAACUCUCUCUUCAUGAGAGUUGACAAAACCAAGCAGCGUUAAUGGUAUUUACUCCAAUCAUAUUUGGUUUUUUAAAAAACAACAAACCAAGAAUGUUGCCUAUCUGUGUCUACUAGAGGCCUAAGGUUGUCAUUGCACUUUGUCUGUGAGCAUUUGGGAUGUGAGAUAACUAGGUGCAGCCAUGGUCAUUGCUUGCCUGUUUGGUGGCAACUACUCUUUGUUAGUGUCUUCCAUAGAGAUUGGAGGCAUGGGAAGCAAGCCUGACUCCAUCUACCAUGCCAAUCUGGCAGCUUCCUCUGAGGGAACCUCUCCCACAUGACCCAGCCCAGGGGUUGUCUAAGUACUUUACUCUGCAGUGGCUUUGACUGGUUCAGUCAGUUCAGUCCUGCUUCACUUUGGACCCAGUUGCUCCCUUACAUUUUCCAGGUCCAGACCCUGUUUGUUUUUAACAGUACAGCUGAAGGAGGAUUUGUAUCAAUAUAGCUUUUUCCUUAUCAUGGUGAUGGUGUGUGAGGAGAAAACACACACCUGGUGAAACCUUACCCUUGAGAGUUUGCUUAAAGAGACAGAGGGUCUGAGAAAAUAGACACCUCUUGCUGUAGUUCUUCUCCAGCUUCCCAAAGCCCCUUACCUGGCCACUCCUGUUCUUUUAACAGCUCUACAACUUGUGUGAGUGGUUUUCCCCAAGUCACACUUUUCUUCUUCCUGGCCUCUUCAGUUGUGCUAGUUCUUUGUUUGUCAGUCUACUUACCUCUUCCUGUAGGGAAACUUCCUCUGGGCUCAUUCCCUUAGCUUCCUGCUAAGAGUGGCUUUGACCAUUACUUUAAAGAUGAUGCAUGCUCCCUUUACAGUCUAAUGACUGAAGCAGUGGAGAGGUGUGAAUUCCAGAUACUCAUUGCCACGGUGGAUAUUGCAUCAGAAGCUUAGAAGAUGUGCAACUCAUCCUCCAGUAACAGCCAAAACCACUUACAUUCUUUCUCAUAACAGUUUUUCCUGGCUCAGCCCCUUGUACAGAGCCUAUUCCUAGCCAAACUGAAGCUGAAUCCUGAAUCCUGAUCUGGAAAUUUUACACCUUAAGUUGUUGCCUGCCCUGAGCAUUAAAGUAAUGGACAUGCUAUAAAUAAAUAAGUAAAUGUUCAUUACCUCAGCAGUUAGAACACUAAUUCACAGUUCAUGAUAUUGUAGCAGCUCAGCCAAUUGCUGUCCGAGGCUUCACUAUCAUGGAAUAUUUUUAGUGCAUUACAAUAUAGAUUAUACAGUGGUGUCCAAUGUGCCCUUCAGAAGUUUUGGAAUAGAACUCCCGUCAUCUCUGACUUUUGGCCAUACCAGCUGAGACUGAUGGGAGUUGAUGUCCAGCAAAAUCUGGAGGGCAUCCUGUUGGCUACUCCUGGGUUAUGGGAUCUUGAGAGUGUUUUCAAAGACUUGCACUGGAAGAGGAGGAAGUAAAGUUCUGCUAUGGACUAAAGAACCCAUUAGUUAAUUAAUCUUUAUCAACAGCCACAUUCUAAGAGUUGUUGCACCAAACCGCAACUGUACCAACAGUCAUGACAAUGGGGUGCUAAAACAGCAGCAGUAUUACACCAGCUUUGCAUGUAGAAUUGCUGGCACAUGCAGGUGAGGUUUAAGUGCCUUAAGUAUGGAAUGGCAAUUCUAAUCCACAUUAGUGAUUGUAAGAACAGAGCCAGGCAUACUGUAUCUUCCAGACUGAUUAACUGGGAACAACUUGUAAUGUUGAUACUCUGCCUUAACUGCUUGAGUUAUCAAAACCAUAGAUGAGGCUUUUGAGAGUACCAUGUGGACUGUCUUCUCCACUUAUCCCAGGGGUGGGAGAAGUCCUUCAGUUUUCUCCUACAUAUUUUCCCUCCAACUUAAGCGUGUUGAUUAAAUAUAUUUCAAUCUAUAUUAAAGGGCAAACGAGAAGACUGCAAGUCCAGGGAAGGCCUUUAACUGUUCAGCAAGCCAAGUCUCCUCUGUUUAUGUAUGCAAAAAAGCACAUAACACAACAUAACUACCUUUCUGUCUCAUAAUGACUGCAUAGGUAUGUAGAUCUUGUUUCAUAGUGGAGAUUUUUUUUAAGCCCUCCUAGAACACACUCAACAUAAGCAAUAUCUAGGGAUAGGCCCACAGAGGUUUUGCUGUUAAUCCUGAGUGUUACAACAAAGUGACUCUACUUAGCCCAUUGCUAUGCUUUUUAUGAACUUGGGUUCAAAGCUGUCUUCAGAUACUUCUAAUGUUAACAGAAUGUACUUUUAAAGUAUUAAUGGCCUUAUGUAAAGGGUGGGUGAAGGUUCCAAAUGUGAUGUCUCCUUUGCUGGCAAGCAGUUUGAAUGUUUCUGAUGGAUUUUUGUUGCCAGUUUUACAAUGAUAAAGCCAUCUAUAUGCACGUUGGAACAUAAAAAUGUUUACUUAUGCAUUAUCAUACUGCUUUGUUUGAACAAUAUAUUGAGCUUUAAUGUUGUAAGCAAUUCGGCAAGGACAAUCUGUUUUGAGACACAGGACUGCAACAAGAGUGAUGGUGGAUGAGGAUUAAAGUGAUGUAAAAGUGUUGUGCAUAGCAUUUGAAUUUGAUGUUUGUCCACUCCACAGUCCAUACUAAGCCUAGAGGGUUUUCUUUACAUAAUCCAGUUGCUGCUACUUUGUUGCAGCAUUCUUCCUUUAAUCUUACUGGCCUUCAAAAGAAACCCAGUAAUGCCUCCCAUUCCAUCACCUUGAGCUUCUUGGAAAGAUUCUACUUCUUGUAAACAAUCUUCAUUUGAGCUGAUUGUUUUUCUAGUUGAAAGCUUUUUGUAGGAGCUGAUUUUGAAAGUCACCAUUCUAUGACAUUGUUGGAGAGCUGAUUCAACAUAUUGCUUCUCUCCUUUAAAAAAAAUUAUAUAAAUGACUGCCCUUUUUGGUAUUGCCCUCCCUGCUUUUGAUGACCUUCAGAACUAAGUAUAAAAGUAGUGCAAUGUUUAUCAAUACUGCAAUGCCAUGGCUCGAGACAGAUUUGCAGUCAAAACUAUCUGUUGAAAAUAAUUGCAUGUUUUUAAAGGGGAAAUAGCUUCUUUUUCAGAUAUGAAUCUGAAAAAACUAUUUUACAUAACUGUAGCAACUGAUUUGUAAUUUGAACACCACAGACAUCUCCCUCAUUCUCAUUUUGCUAUGUUUUGGUAUACUUCAUGCCUCUUUUUUAUCAGGAUGAUGAAUCAAAUCCAUUUAUUAAUGCAGUGAAUUGCUACCCCCUUUUCAAGCUAAUCAGCCAUCCCCUCAAGCUGAAGCUGUGGGAGAAUGGAAGAUAAUUUCUACUUUAGUUUUCUGAGCUUCACAAACAAAAGGUGCUCUGGCAUACUAUAUAGUCACAGAACAGUACAUGGAAUAUGAUGCAAGUAUUGCAGAGUAAGCAAAACCAUGGGGCCACAUAGAACUGAGAAAUGUGCAAAUGUCCAACAACCUUAUGCAUGGUCAGAACAAAAGAUGCCUCAACUGCAUUUUAUCCUUUGCAAAUUUGAAUCUGUUGACAAUGCAGUGGGUAGAGGAUAAAUACACUAUGGUUUUCGCUCUGUUUCCCUCAAAAACAACAUGAAGAAGACAACCAGACUAUGCGUCUGGUCCAGUACACGAUCUCCAAAAAGGGAGGGAGAUUGAAACGUAAAAGGAGGGGAGGGGAGUGUUUCUGCUCUUUGCUAUGUAAUUUCUAGGUGAAUUCUAGAAUUAGGAUGGUACAACAGGGCAUUACACAGCUGCUGAAUAAUGUUUUUAAAUGUUCAUUCACCAGUGGACAGGAAGCGGGUGGCAGUGUUGUGAUUAACAUCACAGAGACUACCCAUUUGUACAACACAUUGCAACACAGUAAGGACAAUAGCUAUAGAUGCUCUUUCUAUGUGCUGUGUUGCGCUUUCCAAAGUACAAAAAUAUUGGGCUCAAAACAGGCAAUGUCCCCACGACAUAUGUACUAACUUUAAGGAAGAUAUAUCAGCUAUAUAUAGCAAAUUAAUGCAUGUUGGUUAACAGGCAAUUCAGAUCUGUCCAAAUCAGUGGGGAAUUCUGCCACAGGCAAAAAAAACCCCUAAACAUGCCUCAGAAAACUUUCAGAGAAACUGGGGGCUGGAUCUAAUUCCCAUCUAAUGCACUGCCUAAUUGAGCCUGGGCUCUUCUUUAUUGAACCAGAAGGCACUUUGAUCAAGGCCUGUUUCACAACAUGCAAAAAUGAAAUGGGCAAGCCAUAUACAGCUUAUAUCAUGGUACCAUCUCUGGAUUCUGUUCUACACUUUUUAGGUGUACUGCUGUGUGCAUAUGAAUGGUUGCCUUCUUCAAGCAGUAGUUUUAUAAUGUGUCUGAAGGGGAGGUGAUGUAUCCAACAUAUUGCUGUAGUGUUUAACCUCUGUUAAGCUAUUGUACAUUUCAUGGAGGAGCUGCUGAUAGUACAGGCGGAGCUAUGAAAAGCCUGCUGCUAUGUACAUAUAUUCAGUUGUUUUUAGUCUUUCAAACCAGGGUGAAGUUAAAAAAGCUCUACCAUUUGCCAAGCCUGCUAGAACCUGUUCUCAACUGCGAUGAUUGCCGUUAGUUUUCUAGAGCUUCUGGGAUACCUAUUUGACUGCUAAUAA